AUGAACACGACUUCCCCGAAUGACAUGGCUUUGAGAAUGAAGCCAGUAACGACCAAAACAAUCAGCUCGAAUCAGGCGACGGAGGCACCAGACCUCUCGUUCAGCAAGGCCAAGCCUCCCGUGACCCCAUACUCCAGAGGUCCAGCAGAAGACGCUUCGUCCCACAUCGCUCUCGUGCGUCUCCUGAGGUUCUUCGAACACUGGGACCGAAAUGAACCCUUCGGCAAGUGGUGGAACAACGAAUUCACUGAGCGUGAGCUCGAACUUCUCAGAAUGCUCGAAGACCACAGACACAGCGAUCACCAAGUCCUCUGGCGCAUGCAGAGUCUGGCACUAUACGAGGGCAAGUUUCUGACCGCACCCCGGCCAUGGGACCAUCAUGAAAUGGUUCGAGAGUUUGGUAACAAUUGUGGCUGCACACCACAACGGCGGAUAGACUUGGCGAUGGCAUGUUUCGAUGAGAGGCUUGAUCAGGCGACCUUUGGCUGGAUCAAGCUCUGGUUCGCUAUCGACGAUCAAGAAGCCCAGGAGAUUUCUGUUCACAUGAUCUUUCCUGAUGCAACACCGAAGUGGAUGGAUUGGGGAAUCGACUGUGGUUGA